CAGUUUUUGACCAUUUGAACUGAGAAGAUGUGUGAAAAUAUGACAAACCAUCAAAUUGGGCGGUUUUGCCUUAGAUGUUCAUGCAAGCCCACAUCUCAAAUUCCAACAUCUCAGCUCCUCCAUCUGUUUGGCAACUUCAAAUGAAACGCAACCCCAUGGUCCAAAAUGCCAUGGAAAUUCUCAGAACACGCUCACCAAAAACUCAUUCCACCUCAAGGUGUGAAGCCUGCUUGGCCAGGCCCCUCGCUCGAUCCAUCCACUUGCUGUCAUCUGGGGAAAACUGUGGAUCAGGCUUUGCAAACUGUUCGGCAAGGUCACUCCCUUCAGACUCUGGCAAAUUCCACCAAGGGUCAAGCUUUGGGGAUGGAUUGGGAAGGUCACUCCGGCUCAAGCUGUUGGCUGUUGGUCCCAAACACAGCCAAUAGUCAAACUCAACAAGCUGUCCGGCAAGCUUACUCUUUCUAGGCUCUGGCCGAAACAGAAUCCCAAAGUCAAGCUCGUCAGAUUGCUGGGAAAAAUCAUUCCUUCCAGGCUCUGACUGAAAUCACGUCCGAAUGUCAAUCUUUGCAAACAGCUUGGAAGGGAUACCCGUUCUAGGCUCUGGUUAAAAUCAUCACCAAAGGCCAAGCUUCGCAGGCUGCUUGGCAAGGUCACUCUUUUGAGGCUUCUGUUGAAAUGACAGCCAAACGCCAAGUUUU